GGGCAGCAGCGGCGUUGCGGCGCUCUCGCCUACUGCCGCGGUUCGUGGAUGCGGGGCCUCAAGGCGGAGGGCCGAUCGGCCUGCCUCCGCGGCGACCGGGAAGGUGUUGGCUCCGGUAGGAGGCUGGCUGCACGAGAAUGCUAGAAGUUGAUAUUUUCUUUGUGGAGUUUUGAAAGCAGAUACAUGCUAUGGAAAGCAGAAUGUCAGAAGACACUGAAAGAAUUGAAAAAGAAAUAGAAAUUGAAUUAGGCAGAAUCAGUGUUUCUUCCUUUGAAGCAGAUGAUCCUAACACAGAGGUACCAGAGGAAGCUUUGAGUGACACUGAGACAAUUUCAGAUGACUUGCCAGAAUUGAUUGUCUCCUACUUAGACUUCAUAAAAAACAGAAAUCAAGAUGCUGAAAAGGUUAAACUGCAAGACUUAGAAGAUGAUGAAACUACAGGUAACAAUUAUGAAGUAGUUCCUCGCCGUGCUUCAGAUCACUUGUCAGAAUUGGUUUCUGAAUAUAACGAAGAUCUCGAAAAAAAUAAAAAAAGGGUACUAUUUGAAAUUGAAAAUGAAGAUUUGCAGAUUGCUACAACACCUAGGUAUAGCAGUCAGUCCACCAAUGAAGAAGUGGUCACUGAUGACCAUUUUGUUGCAGCUGAUGUUGAACUGAGCAUAAGCCUUACUUAUCCUGAAAUAGAAGAAAAAUGUAGACAAGAAUUUAAGCAGUGGGAGAAAAGACAAACUGAGCUUGAAGAUGAGAAGGGGAAAAAGUGGAAAGCUGAGAGGGAAGCCCAGGAAAAAGAGAAUGAAGAAGAACAUGCCAGAAGGGUGCAGCGUCUGGAGGAAUUUGAGGCUGAAAGGAUGGAGUUAGAGCUUCUGCACAAGAAACAACAAACUGUGAUGGAAGAUGAGUUACAGAAGGAAAAGAAAGCUUGGAGAGACAAAAUGAUGCAACAUGAGGAAUUGAUCAUGAAGCUACAGUUGCAAAUGGAAGAGGAGAAAAAGGCCUCUGAAGAGCAGAAGGAAAAAGAAAGAAAAAGCCUGGCAGAACAAAGGAAUACAGCGGCUGUGAAAAUCCAGGCUAGAUUCAGAACACUUUUAGUCCGUAAAAAAUAUGUUCCUAUCUUAAAAGAAUGGAAAGAUAAAAUACAAAAGGCAAAGAAAGCACAAGAAGAAAAUGAGAGAGAAAUUAAGGUAAAAGAGGAAAAAAUGAAAAGGCGAAUGGAAGAAAGGAGUCAAAAAAAAGAAGAGGAAAAAAGGAGGCAAGGAGAACUAGAAAGAGAGAAAUAUUUGGAACAAGUAAGGAGGCGUGAGGAAUAUGAGAAAAAGAAAGCAAGCCUGAGACUUGAAAGAGAAAAACAGCUGCAAAUAAGAAGAGAAGAACAGAGAAGAUCAAGAGAAAAAAUAGCAAAAGCUAUGAUGACUGAAACUGGAGAAGACAACAAAGAAAGCAUAAAAGAGGAACAGACAGAAAAUAGGAAAGUAAUAAUAGAAGAGAAAAAGGAACUAAAAAAGCAAAUAGAGGAACAAAAAGUGAAACAGACUGAAUUGAUGGAUGAAACAAAUAAUUGGAUGAUUCCUACAGAAGGAAAAUUGACACCAACAAAUAUGCUAAGCUCUGAGAAGAAGGAAGACUCUUCUCAAGUAAAUAAUGAAAACAUAUAUAUGAAUUCAGUAAUAUGCAUAGAAGAAAAUUACUCACAAACUAGAGAACUUAAUAAAGCUUCAGGUGUGAAUACUUCGAAGCAUGAAUCUGUUGAUUUUGGAGCUACUGACGUGGUAGAAAAUACAGCCAAUGAUAUACGCAGCAGUCCAUCAAAUAUCCAGUCAAAUACUGGUAAUAGAGAAGUCAAAGAUAAAUUUUAUCAGUCUGGAACAACAAAGAAAUCUGUGUUUCUAGUGGAAGAUCUUAAUAAGGAAGUCAGGGAGAACUGGGACACAAUUCAAGAGGCCACUGAUCAUUCCAAUAAACUAAUUCUGCCUGAUGAUAUUGAAAAAAAGAGAAUAAACUGGAUGAACACGUGUAAAUCAUGGUCUAAAAUAUAUGAGGAAAACAAAAGAAAGAAGUCAAAUAUUAAAAAACGACCAAGGAAAACUUCAGUUAGCAAGAUGCCUCCAUUAAGUAUACAAAAGAUAAUGCAUAGUGGCCCUUGGAGUACUCUGCAGCAGGUCACAGAACUAACACUUGAGGAUUUGCCAGCUUGUAGCCUCUCAACGUUGUCUGAGUGUUCAAAUAUUCAAGUUUUAACUCUGAGACGCUGUGGGCUAGUUGCACUGGAUGGACUAGGUAGCUGCAAAGACCUGAAGUAUAUCAACGUGGAGGAAAACAGCAUUGAGAUGAUUGACUGUGAAAAUCUAGAAAAUCUCUGUAUUCUGAUUCUGAAUAAGAACCGUAUUUCAUCAGUUUGUGGCUUAGAUGGCUGCAUAAAUCUCCAAAAUCUUGAACUUUCCUACAAUAGAAUCACUCGAAUUGGUGGUUUGGAGUCACUGAAAAACCUUCAGCAAUUAAAUGUGGAUCAUAAUCAAUUAAUUAGCACAAAAGGUCUUUGUGAAGCACCUACUCUCAUACACCUAGACUGCUCUUUUAAUCAUCUCACACAAAUUGAAGGCAUUGAGAGUUGUGGACUACUUCAAAUUCUGAAGUUACAAGGCAAUAACCUACAGGAGCUUCCAAAGCUGGAAAAUCAUGUUCUGCUAAGAGAACUAUAUUUGGAUGACAAUAGCAUUUCUGCUAUGAAAAUACUUUCUUUGUAUUGGUUGCCUCUGUUGCAGAUUGUUUCACUGUCUCAAAAUAGUCUAACUGAGCUUGUGCCUUUAAAUUCAUUUGUGUCUUUGGAAAAGCUGGACAUCAAAAAUAACUGCUUGUCAGACCUUAAAAGUGUCAUUGCAUGGUUAAGUGGCUGCAAUAACCUAAGGGAGUUGUCGCUCAGUGGAAAUCCUCUCCUCCAAGAAAGGAAUUGCAAGCCUUCCCUAUGCAAGGAACUUCCUAGUUUACAAUUUCUUGAUGGUGAAAACUUAAACUAUCAUACUUUACCCACAACUGAAAGAAUCAAAAGAUCAGAAUCAAGAACUUUUCUGGAACUUUGUCAACUUCAAAUUGAAGAAAAUGUUAUACUGAAAAACAAGGCUGUAGAACUCAGAAUUGCCUCUUCCAUUGAUGCUGCACAGAGACAAUGCUGGUAUUUUAAUCAGUUGAUGAAACUUAGCAUUGAACAUCGAUGUGCGCAUGAGUAUGGUGAACUAAACAUUACUGACAGAGAUAGACCAGAAGCACUGCAAAAUCAUUUAAAGCAAACAUCCACUGGCUGCCUACAGGAAAAUAACCUCUUUAUCAUGGGUGCGACAGAAAAUAAACAGGUCUUGUUGGAUCCUUCUGAAAGAUGGAUUACUCCUGGCCAUAUUAAGGCCACAUUCAUUAACUCCUCCAUACCUGUGCACCAAAAGGAAAAUAAAGAAGAUCAUAGAGUGAAGCAGAAGAACACUGAAUCUUGUAUUAAUUACAGUGAGGAGAGCAAAGGCAACAAUAACAUGUCAGCACAGCUCACAUUGCAACAGUCAGUUAUAUCAAGUAAUGUGGGAAGAGAUCUUCAGCAUUUUGGUAAUGAUACAGAAAGGCUGCAUAUGGCAGCAUCAGCGAUCCAGUCCCUUUGGAAGAAGUACCAUGCCAGGAGGAAAACUAACUGCACCAAAGCAAGGAAUGAUCAUUUUACAGAGGUUUCAAGAUGGAAGAAUGAAGCUGCCACACUAAUCCAGGCAUCUUGGAAGGGCUUUCUUUUGCGAAGGAAACUGGCCAGUGCUCUUGCAGCUGUUAAAAGUGAUGAAGUGGAGGAUGAAUAUGAAGAAAUAAAUGUGGAUGAUUUCAUGUUUUAUGAGUAUUCUAGGCCCUUAAAUUCCAGUGAACAUUCAAAUAGUUUGCAGUUGUCACCACAAGCACUUUGGCAGUGUGUUGACAGACCACAUUUAUAUUCACCAGAAAAUCUCCACUUUCAUAGAAGUUCAGAGAAGGGAACAAUGUCACAGCUCUUUGACUUGAAAGAAAAAAAGAAAUUUUCGUUCAGGUCUGGAAAAGAAGAAAAAAUUUCAGAAGAAUGGGGUUUUAAAGACAUUUCUACUGCACAGCUAAUGCUGAAGAGGGCUCAUAAAAUGAAGCCCAGAAAGUACAGUAAUAAAAAAGUAGACCCAGCUGUGCGCCUGGCGUUGUUCAAAAACAAUGAAAAUAAACGUCUCCAUGUGAAACCACCAAGGAAGACAUGGCCUGCAAAUGCUGGUUGCUUUGAAGAAUCCUGAGAGAAAGUCUGUUCAGAGACCUGGCUGCCUUGAGGAUGAUGAUGCUAUUCAGACAUUUCUCCAGUUUUAGUAUACCUUGAUGUGUUCACUGAACCAGACUUUGGAGAAGUUCAAAGAUUUCAGAGUUUCAAGUGUGUUACAAGAUACAGAAAAAAAUGUGUAUUUACUCAUGUAUAUUUUUUGUAUUCUUAUUGCUAAUUUAUAUACCAUUUUCCAGUCGCUGUAUCAGUACCUCUAAUGUACUGUUUUUCAUGUACUGUAUUUAGCUUUUCUGAUCAGAAAAGCAGAAAAAUCUUGCUACAUCAUACAAAUGUUAUAUCUUUUCUAGUUAAAAUAUUUUCUUUCUAUGAUUAAUAUUUCUCCAUUGUUUUAAAGGAUUCUGUUCACCUUUUUUCUCAGAUUAUUUUGUGUUACAAUUUAUAUAUCUUGUAUGAAAAAAAAAGGAAACUAUAUUAGAGUCUUUCUUACAAAACAUUCUCUGAUAUAAGGUAAAAAGCAGACAUUGUCUUGUUACUUUAAAACUUGCUAAAAAUGUGAUGUUCCUUCUCCAUGACAGUGACUGUUACACAUCCUAACUGCUUUGGUCAGUUAAUUUUUUAUUUUUAUAUCUUUUAUAAGAAUUCCCAUGUAAGGUAAUAUAAUUUUAAUAGAGUAGUUUAGUCUGUAAGAUUGUAAAACUUGUCUUUUUCAUUAUUCUGAUGUAAAACGUAUAAGGU